CUCGGAACAGGAACCCCUAAAACCUCAGCAAAACCCCGAACCCUUCAUCUGAGAGAGAGAGAGAGAUGAAUCCGAAUCCGAUAGCGGCAGCAGAAGAACGAAUUGUUUCGGAGAGACUGAGAAGGAAACUCAACGAAGUAAAUGUAGCAGCUCAAAACCAUCUCUCUGAAAUCCAAGACCAUGUCAAUUUCACUCUCCAGCAAGCAUACUUCAAAUGUGCCUAUGAGUGCUUUGAUAGGAGAAGAAAUCAGGAAGGAAUAAGUAACUGUGUUGAAAAUUGCAGCGUUCCUGUUGUCAGUGCCAACACCAUGGUCGAGAAUGAGAUGGCCAAGUUUCAAGAACGAAUGAACAGGUCUCUGAUGGUCUGUCAAGACAAAUUUGAAGCAGCAAAGCUGAAACAGAUCAAGACAGGAGCGAUGGCUGACAUGGAGUCUUGCGUCGACCAAGCAAUUCAAGACAGCAUCCAGAUGCUGCCGCACAUUGUCGAUCGAUUGAAGGCUUCUCUCUCCAUCAACAACUACAAUGGGAAGUGAUUGCACUUGUAAUCUUAAUUCUGUGAGGGAUGUUGAAAAGCUCAUUGAGUGGAGAGGGCUCGGUGUGUCCGUUGGAUCUCAAUAAAAGAUUUUAUUUUUAUUUUUUUUAAGAUUUUAACUACAAAUUUUAGUUUACCAAAAUUGGGCGGUCAAGAGAUUUUUGGAAUUCUCAAACUUGAUCAUCAAUUGUUGAAAGGAGCAAAGCCAUUUUGAUUACUUGAGAAUUUGUGUUGAUUUGCUAAGGGCCUGUUUGGUAAAUGCUGAAAAGAUGAGUUAAUCUCAUUUUAAUGAAUCCUACUUAUGUAUCAGAGAUCA